CCAGCAUCACCAGGGCCGCCGCGGACACCACAGCCCCUGGCGUCACCGUCGCCGCUCCGGACACCAGCGCUCCCAGUGCCGACAGCGUCCCUAUGGAGACGGCCCCUGACGUCACGGCCGCGCCGAAGGGCGGCUCCUCCUCCUCGUCGUCCUCGUCCUCCUCCUCGUCGUCCUCUUCCUCCUCCUCCUCCUCCUCCUCGUCCUCCUCCGACUCCGACUCCAGCUCCAGCUCCUCCGAGUCCGGGCCCCCCUCGCCGGCACCGCCUGGCCCCGCCCCUGACGGGUCCCCCAGUGCCACCACCACCACCACGGCCACAGAAGGGCCGGCCCCGGCAGCCCCGGCACCCCCGGACCCGGCAGCCCCGGUGA